CCAAACCCUAUUUGCAAAAAACAAAAAUAAAAAUGAUAUCUUUUCUCAGCUUCUCUAAUUUGGGCUUGAACAGAAUGGAAAAUUUCAAGCUUUUUUAAGCACCAAAAGGGACUUUCAUCAUUCAUGGCCAUGAUAGAUGCGAUGUUUGGGUGACAAUAUCUUGUGCCUGACUCUUCUUUCUUCCAAUUAAAUCUGAAAUCGAAUUAAAUCUGAAACCCACAUAGUUGAAGAGAACCCAAAAUUUCCAUCCUCUCCCUGUCCAAUUUCAACCUCUCAGGCUCCUAAAAUAGACCAUUUCAUGGUUUCGAUCUCGUGGGGUUUGCUUCUUUGACAAGGUCCUCUCGAAGCCAGCACCUCUCUCUCUCUCUUUCUCUGUUUUCAUCUUUUUCCCCCCUUUCUUGAUCUAUCACUAAAACCCAACAAAUGUAUGGAACACAAAGUAAGAGAGACAUUGCCUUUGAACUCCAAUCUCAAAUUCCAAUCUUGAGGCCCAGCAUCCAUGCCAGGAGGGCACACCUAGUUGUAAAGUUCCAAGAUCUCUAUGGUUUCACAGUAGAGGGGAAUGUGGAUGAUGUCAAUGUGUUGAAUGAGUUGAGAGAGAAGGUGAGGCAGCAGGGCAGAAUAUGGUGGGCAUUGGAGGCCAGCAAAGGAGCCAAUUGGUACUUGCUGCCUUCCAUCUCCGAAGGCCAAUCCCUCAAGGCUUCACUUAAGUUAUCAGCUUUGGCAAACGCCGUAACUCUAAAGAGGCUCAUCAGGAAGGGAAUUCCGCCGGUACUCCGGCCCAAGGUGUGGUUUUCUCUUUCUGGGGCGGCUAAGAAGAAAUCCACGGUGCCGGAGAGCUAUUACAAUGACUUGACCAAGGCGGUCGAGGGGAAGGUCACCCCGGCGACGAGGCAGAUUGAUCAUGACCUACCACGAACUUUCCCUGGUCACCCAUGGUUGGACACUCCAGAGGGUCAUGCUGCUCUCCGCCGUGUUCUUGUAGGAUAUUCUUUCCGUGAUUCUGAUGUUGGUUAUUGUCAGGGCUUAAAUUAUGUUGCAGCAUUACUAUUGCUUGUAAUGAAAACAGAAGAAGAUGCAUUUUGGAUGUUGGCUGUCCUUUUGGAAAAUGUGUUAGUUCAUGAUUGCUAUACAAACAACUUAUCAGGAUGCCAUGUUGAACAAAGAGUUUUCAAAGAUCUACUUGCUAAAAUGUGCCCAAGGAUAGCCGCUCAUUUGGAAGCUUUGGAUUUUGACGUCUCACUUGUUGCAACAGAGUGGUUUCUAUGCCUCUUUUCUAAGAGCUUGCCUUCAGAGACAACUCUGCGGGUGUGGGAUGUCCUGUUUUAUGAGGGGGCAAAGGUACUAUUCCAUGUGGCAAUGGCAAUCUUUAAGAUGAGAGAGGAGGAGUUGCUUCUAACCUGUCAUGUUGGUGAUGUGAUUAACAUAUUGCAGAGAACCACUCAUCACCUCUUUGAUCCUGAGGAAUUACUUACGGUGGCGUUUGAUAAGAUUGGUUCUAUGACAACCAAUACAAUAUCUAAGCAAAGGAAAAAGCAAGAACCAGCAGUCAUGGCAGAGCUUGAUCAAAGAUUAAGACGGCUAAACUCCAUCAAAUUGGAUGAUAAAUAAGGAGUGCUGUUUAUCAGAGUGUAAUGUGUGAGUCAUACUGGUAGGGGCUUGUUGCCCCUCUAGGGAAGGAAUGAAAUUAUGCCCUUCUUUUUCCAUUCCUCUCAAGGGAAGGAUCAAGCAUAGAGAGUGGCGGUUGAUUUUCAAUGUUGUAUGUGACAAAUGUAAAUUUCAUACUGAUAAAUUAUAUACAGUUAAUGACAUCAAAAUUCAGGGCAUUGUUUAAUCUUCUCUGCCCUGUAAGUUA